CGAACAGGAUCUACCAAGUCGGUCACAGUCUGGAAGUAUACGUCGUGUAGCGCGGUUGAGCAUUCCCCCUGGAACGAGAAGUACGCGGUAUUAGUCCAAGACUCAACAAGAAAUUGGAACUAUUUUUUUAAACAGUGUGCUCGAGAACAAAAAAUUAAUGAAAACAAUGUGUGCAUAAUAAAUGAAACAAAGAGUACCGGAUAUAUAUUGCCAAGAAGUGCAUUCAAAAGUGUGACAGUAGUGUUGGAAGGAAGUGUCACAGCUAGCAUUAUUUUAGUGAAAGUGUCCAGUAUCCCGAAGAAUAAUCGAACGCCAAGGUGAGCUAGAGGCGAACACGCAAAGCGAGGAACUUGAAAACAACCAGAAAUGAUCUUAUGGAGGAGCAUUAAACAUAAACUCAAACCAAUUAUCGACAGUUCUUGACAGUUGCGCUCGCGAAAAGAUCAUUUCCGGCAGCAGAAGAAUCAUCAUACGGAGAUUGCCAACCAUUACUUCCGGCCAACCCAACGAACAGCAAAGCUAAACGACCAUCGAAGGUCGCACACUGAGAGCUAUCACGCUUUUACUAGCGCUAUCACAUCACAUCCUGACUGAUAGUUUCCCCUUUCGGAAUCGUUCCUUCUUGAACUUUUCUAAAGACGCCAACGUACUCCCAAUCAAAGGUUAUCUGUGUAUUUCGCAGUACGCGCAACUUAUCAAAUAUUCGACCACCACAGUAACAAGUUUGAACCACCAACCGACUAAGAUGGCACUUGACUUUGCUGCGGGAUGUCUUGGAGGAUGUGCCGGCGUGCUCGUUGGCUACCCUUUCGACACGGUCAAAGUCCACCUGCAAACCCAAGACUACCGAAAUCCAUUAUACAAGGGAACAUUAGAUUGUUUCCGUAAAAUCAUUGCCAAAGAAAGUGUUCGAGGCCUUUACCGGGGAAUGUCCAGUCCCAUGGCAGGUGUGGCCGCAGUAAAUGCGAUUGUAUUCGGAGUUUAUGGAAAUGUGCAACGGAGGACUGACGAUCCGGAUUCGCUGUUCUCUCACUUUCUGGCUGGAACAGCAGCAGGCAUAGCGCAGAGCUUCAUUUGUUCUCCAAUGGAGUUGAUAAAGACAAGGCUACAGUUACAAGAGAAUCAGCCGAAGGGAGCUUUCAAGUAUAAGGGUCCGAUGGAUUGUUCGCUUCACAUUUGGAAAACUCAAGGAUACCGUGGACUAUUUCGAGGACUUGGUAUUACUGCUGCGCGGGACAUGCCAGGAUUUUCGAGCUACUUUGUAGCCUAUGAGCUGUUGGUUCGUUCUGUAGCAAACCCUUCGUCUUUUGCUAUCUUGAUGGCCGGUGGUCUUGCUGGAACAAUAUCCUGGCUUUUCACUUUCCCCAUAGAUGUAAUAAAGUCAAGACUGCAAGCGGACGGCAUGUCCGGUAAACCAAAGUACAAUGGAAUUAUAGACUGCCUACGGAAAAGUCACGCCGAAGAGGGCCUUGCAUUUCUUUCCCGGGGACUAGCGUCAACGUUGCUGCGAGCGUUCCCAAUGAAUGCUGUUUGCUUCCUGGUUGUUUCGUAUGUUAUGAAGAUGUUCGACAGUCCUAAUUUAAGUGUGGACUUGAAUCCAGUGGAACCUUUGCUUAUGGUACAGCAGCCUGCUGGAGCAGUAAAAGUGACGUUGAACCAACGACACCACGAACAACAUGAUCAUCACAUCCUGAACAUCAAGCAAAAUACCUUCCGAUUCCUUAGCUUCCUCGGAGCAUUCAGUGAAGCGGUUUGCUGCGCAGAAAUGGAUGAGCUAGCUCAUGAUUUACAUCUCAAUGAAGACGGUGGUUAUUACUAUGCUAAACUUAAUGAAUACCUGCAAAGUACCAACCAAGAAUACUGUAAAAGGUUCCCUUUUAUUGACUAGAAGCAUUCUUGUCGUACCGUAUUACAACAAACCUCAGUCUCAUUAAUGUAUUGUUGAUCAAUCAUGAAGUUUUAUUAAAUUAUAUCUCGCAAAAAAAAA